AACAACCAAUCUUCCAAUAUUUAUCAGCAAUGCUACAUACUUUAAUUUAAAUUAAUCAUCGCUUUCAUAUAGUUUAAGCCUCAGCUCAUAAUAACAAUAAAUAAGCUGCAAAGAGUUGGGGUCAGAAUUCACACACAGCGGGACUAAAAUUGGCUGCAGGUUAGAACUUGUUCUUCUCUCCCCCAGCAUCACUGAUUCUCUCAUGCGGUCCACGGCGAACGACUCCGAUGAACCUCUCACUCCCGCCGGUCGGCUGUUCCUCCAGCCAAGCACGAAUCAGGUAAUCCACUGCGUCAUCGGAGUCAAGAACCCCAUUGAUGUCGACUCCAUCAAACCCCUAAUCCGCGACUCUCUCAUGCUCCAACACCCACGCUUCACCAGCCUCAUGGUCCGCAACCAUCGCGGAUUCGAGCACUGGCGGCGAACCGAGGUGGACAUCGACCGCCACAUCAAGGUCAUCGCCAACCCCAUCUCCGCCACUGCCGGCGACGAUGAAUCGGCAAUCAACGAUUACUUGGCGGAGUUGUGCAUGGACACUUCCGGACUCAGCACAGACAAACCCUUGUGGGAAGUACACUUCUUAAUUGCCCAUAAGUGCUUGAUUUUCCGAAUCCAUCACGCUUUAGGCGAUGGAAUUUCGUUGAUGUCCAUGUUUCUUGCGAGCUGCCGUAAGGUGGAAGAUCCAGAGGCGCCGCCGACGAUAGUUUCUUUCGAUCGGAAGAAGAGCAGUGGAAGGAAUUGGAGGGAUUGGAGGAACGUGUGGGGUUUUGUGGUUACGCUGUGGUUUUGUGUAAUUUUUUCCAUUGAUUUUGUAUUGAGGUGCUUGUGGGUUCGUGACCGGAGAACGGUGAUAAGCGGCGGCGCAGGGGUGGAGGACUGGCCGAGGAAGAUGGCGACGGCCAAGUUCCGCUUGGAUGAUAUGAAGGUGGUGAAGAAAGCCGUGACCAACGCUACCAUAAAUGAUGUUCUAUUCGCAAUCAUAUCGUCGGGACUCUCAAGAUACCUGGAUUUUCGAGGAUCAAAUGGGUUGAAAAAUGGGAUUCGGAUAACAGGGUUAGCUAUGGUUAAUUUGAGGCCACAGCAAGGCUUGCAGGAUCUAACGAAUUUGAUGAGAAGCAAUUCAGGAGCAAGGUGGGGUAAUAAAUUUGGAAUGAUUUUGCUUCCAAUAUCAUAUCAUGGAAGUAACUGUUCUGAUCCUUUAGAAUAUGUGAGAAGAGCUAAGGCAAUGAUUGACAGAAAAAAACGAUCUUUGGAGGCUUACUUCUCUUACACAGUUGGAGAUUUUGUAAUGUCAAAUCUUGGAGCAAAGUUUGCUUGCUUGCUAAAUUACAGGAUUGUUUGCAACACUACAUUUACAAUCUCAAAUGUGGUUGGUCCACAAGAGGAGAUUAUGCUUGGCGGCAACCCUAUAACUUUCUUGAGGGCAAUGAAUUCUGCCUUGCCUCAUGCACUCACUUUGAACAUGGUGAGCUAUGCCGGAAGGGCUGACAUGCAAAUCCAGGUGGCUAAAGACGUCAUUCCUGACCCCAAGUUCCUUGCUAAGUGCUUUGAGGAUGCAUUGCUAGAAAUGAAGGAUCAUGCCAUAGCAAAGAGCUGACUUCUGUAUGAUUCGUUUUUGUUGGAUGUACAACAUUAAAAAAUUGAAUUGCUACCAGUCAUUCCAAUGCAUUUGAUCAUAUAUACAAGAUUUAUUUUAAUGAAAUAUUUUUAACCAUAAUUUCAGUAUUUUUUU